CCAAUGCCAACGCAAUACGAGAAAAUGAGCAUGUUCAGGAUUUGACGAGGAUUCACGUGUAACUGACUGGAUGCACAUACCUAAAAUGGUUCUCAGUGGUCGUUAUUGCAAAUAGCAAUGAAGAGCCAUAUCGUAUAUCCAACGUCAGACCCAACCAAUCAUGAGGUUGCAGUAUGCCUUAAUACGCAGUAGACAUAUCUACAAAGCUCCUACGUGUUUUGUCCGAACAAGGAAGAUUAUGACCAAGCCGAUGCCCGACAAUGGAACGAUGAUGAAAACCUACUCCUCAAACAAUCCAAGAAAGGUUUCACAAUCGGCAAGCAAGUCUGAAUCAAUACCCAAACCAUUGUAUAAGUUAAUUAUUGUGUCAAGCAUUCUUUUAGUCAUUGUGUUAACAGCAUUUGAGUUUAGAUACGUAGUAUUUGAAUAUUUAUCUCUACUUCAUAUUGUUAAAUUGGACCUAAACCCAAAGCAUGGAAAUGGUGGAUGGAGAGAGCCAGAUGAGGCUACUCUUCAGCUUUACGACACUGGCAUUUGCAAUAUCGAUCGGGUAAAUGCUGUUGAUUUGACCUUAGACAUUUUUGAGAGCACUUACAGACACAGAAAACCUGUUAUAGUAACUUUUCCGAACGGCGCCGAAGAUUGGAUUAACCCAGGAAAAUGGACUGUUGAAAGCUUGAAGACUGAAUACGGUGACCGAUGGGUGUUGUCCGGAAAUGCACGAGAAAUCGUGCGCAGAGGUGGAUCAGGCUAUGUCGAGACUACCUUUGAGGAAUAUUUGAACGACCUCUUAAAUGAGAGUGAUCAGAUUGGAGAGCCGUUCUAUGUGUUUGACCGUGACUUCUACAACAACUCCUAUCUCCCAGAUUCACUGAAACCACCCCCUUACUUCAAGAUUCAGGAUGGCGUUGAUGACAGUAUAUUUUUCCUUGGAAGUUCUGGAUCAGGUGUAAGCUUUCACAAACACGCAGACGCCUGGAAUGGGGUCAUCUUUGGAAGAAAGAAGUGGUUUUUAUAUACAGUAGAUAAAACACCACCAGGAGGUGUGUAUCCAGGAUUUACCCAGCGAGAGUGGUUUGAUAAACUAUACCCACAACUGCAGGAUAAGGACAAACCUCUUGAAUGUGUCCAAGAAGCAGGCGAGAUUUUAUACCUGCCGGAGAGUGUUUACCACGGGACAGUAAAUUUGGGAGAUACAAUUGCUAUUGGAAUACAGAAGAAAGAAGCGGUUACAGAAGUGGAGAAAAUAUUUUAUACGGAGAGAAAAUUGGUCGAGUCCAUGCGAGGUUUGAAGGAAGACGAAAAGAAAAAAGCACAGGAAAAUCAGCUUAAGUUAUUAAAGUCUUUGCUUCACUUUAUCCCAGAAAACGCAGAAGUGCAUAUGCGAAUAGGAGAGUUAUACAGUGAACUCAAUGACUUUGUACAGGCAGAAAAUCACUUAAACAAAGCCAGACAGCUGGACAAGUUUUUCCUUAUUGCAACACUCAACUUAGCGUCUGUAAAACAAAAGAUGGUUGACCCACACGCAGCUGAAAGUUUGUACCGGGAAUGCAUGCACGCUACCUCCAAACUAUGGGAUGUGUAUGCACAAUACGGCGACUUUCUCUUAGCCCAGGGGCGACCAAAAGAGGCAGCGGAAAUAUACAGGAAGGGCAUCGAACUUGAACCUAACAGUCUUGCGUUUUGGCACCAUUUAAGAUACGCACAUGAAGUUUCCGGAAACCUCGAGGAUGCUCGCGAAACUCAGAAAAUAAUCGACGAGAUGAAGUAGCAGAACAAUCAGCAGGAGUUCUGGGCAUAUAUGCACUAUCGUCUUUGUAAUUCUAAUUUUAGGACAGGUUAUUUGUUUCACAUAGUUUUACCAUAUUUGCUUCUGUAAUAGCAUUUUGCUGAACUUUUCGAAUAAUAAGGAGAGCUACAGUAUUAAUCUUGGUUAAGGUUUUGCAUGCCAGCACAUCAAAGUCAUUAUCUUAGCAAAUGUUCCAUAUUUUGCAUUUAAACUUUUUAUAUGUGUUCCCAACUAUCCAACCUACUUAAUCAAUCAAGUUAGGUAAGACUGAAUUUGAAAGGUAUACAAACUAUACGCGUUCGUAUUCAACUUAGACUUUCUGGUUAAGAUUUUGCAUGUUACCACACAGAUAGUAAAAUCUCAGCAACAACUUGGUAUAUUGCCUUGAUAUUCUAUACAAGGGUACUCAAUCAUCCAUGUAGGAUAACUCUACUUUGCAUGAAAUGCAAUCAAUGGCCCUUUGUUAUUCGACUUAGAAAUUCUAGUUAAGGUUUUGCAUGUAACCACAUUUAAGUCAUUAUCUCAGCAAGUACAUCAUGCAUUGCUUUGAAGCUUGCGACAUGUCUUCUCAACUAUCUAACCUACUUUAUUAAUCAAGAUAGAUAACAACUUUAACUUCCAUUUAAUGCAAUAUAAUGCCCUUUAGUAUUGUACUCAGAAAUUCCUGGUUUAGCUCUUUCAUGUAAGCACACAUAGCAACUACUUGAUGCAUUGCAUUGAGACAGAAUACAGUAAUACUCCAUCAUUCAACGUACGUAAAUAACCCAGUAAGAUAUCUCUAUUUUGCAUAUAAUGCAAGUAAUGGUGCUUGGUUAUUCGACUUUCUUGGUAAAGUUUUGCAUGUAACCACAUUUUAGUCAUUAUCUCAGCAAAUCCAUCAUGUAUUGCACUGCAACUUUAUACAAGGGCUUCCAACCACAGAACUAUCUUAAUUAAUAAAGUAAGAUAUCUCUUUCUUGAACAUAAUAUAACUUUUGCCCAUUUCUUUUUCGACUUAGAAUUUCUGGUUUUUGACGUAAGUGCAUAGAAGGCAAUAACUACUUCAUGUAUUAUAAAGAAACUUUAUACAAUCAAGUAUGAUAACUCUUUUGCCCCUUUAUUAGUUUAGUGGUUGCAUGCUAUCAAUUUUACAGUAACCCAUGCACGUUUCACCAAAGCUUGCAAUCCUUAAUCUUUUAAACGGCGGAAUAGUCAAGCGCGCUGUCUCUGUGACAGCUCUUGUUAUAACAAAAAUAUAAAAAAGUAUGAAUGAGUCUCAGUCUAAAGACGUAAGUGAAUAUUCAAACCAUUGGCUCCAAUUUCUUAAAACGUUUUAACGGGAUUCGCCCAUGGUUUGUGAAUGUACUGUGUACGUUUUUUUUUUAAAUACGA